CUUGCCUGGUGUACUCCACUGACUAUCGUCCGCCACUGAAAACUUUCUCGUCCGAUGGUACGGUCUGCUAUCUGUCUGUGUGUGAACAGAUGAUUGCUGCAGUUCAACAGUAACUAUGGGGAGGGAGAACGUUUGGUCCUGAGGAGACUCCGAUCGUCCCGAUUUGGAGAACUGCUGGGAUUCGAAUGUAGCCAACGUUGGACUUCUACAGUCUUAAAUUGUUUAAGAGUUGCCUUGUCGGAAACACGACGGAAACACUAACUUCAAGAAAAUUAAUUUGUCAAGACCGCUUCAUAACACGGAAUAAUACCUCAGAACAUACUCGCUGUACAAGGAAAGAAAAUCAUGGGGAGCAAAGGGCACCAUCGGUACCACUGGCAGAGCCACAACGUCAAGCACAGCGGCGUGGACGACAUGGUGCUGCUGACCAAGAUCAACGAAGACGCCAUCGUGGAGAACCUCAAGAAGAGAUACAUGGACGAUUACAUUUUCACAUACAUUGGUCCCGUGCUCAUCUCCAUCAACCCCUUCAAGCAGAUGCCGUACUUCGGUGACAAAGAGGUGGAGAUAUACCAAGGCGCGGCUCAGUAUGAGAACCCACCACACAUCUACGCUCUCGCGGACAACAUGUACCGAAACAUGAUGAUCGACCGUGAGAACCAGUGUGUCAUCAUAAGCGGGGAGAGCGGAGCAGGGAAGACGGUGGCGGCGAAGUACAUCAUGAGCUACAUUUCCCGAAUAUCUGGCGGGGGGGCCAAAGUGCAGCAUGUCAAAGACAUCAUCCUCCAGUCCAACCCUCUCCUGGAGGCCUUUGGCAACGCCAAGACAGUGAGGAACAACAACUCCAGCAGAUUUGGGAAAUAUUUUGAGAUCCAGUUCAGCUCAGGAGGAGAGCCAGACGGUGGGAAGAUCUCCAACUUUCUGCUUGAAAAAUCACGUGUCGUCAUGAGAAACCCAGGGGAGAGGAGCUUUCAUAUCUUUUAUCAGUUAAUAGAAGGAGCCAGCGGAGAGCAGAAGAGCAGCCUGGGAAUCACAAGCUUAGAUUACUACACUUACCUCAACCAGUCUGGGUCCUACAAAGUGGACGACAUCAAUGACAAGAGUGAUUUCCAGGAGACCGUGCACGCCAUGACCGUGAUUGGCAUCAAGCCCGAGGACCGCACCAUGGUCCUGCAGAUCGUGGCUGGGGUGCUCCACCUGGGCAACCUCAACUUCAAAGAGGCCGGGAACUAUGCCGCGGUGGAGAGCGAGGAGUUCCUGGCCUUCCCAGCUUUCCUGCUGGGCAUUGACCAGCACCGGCUGAAGGAGAAGAUCACCAGCCGCAAGAUGGACAGCAAGUGGGGUGGCAAGUCUGAGUCCAUCGACGUGACGCUGAACGUGGAGCAGGCGUGCUACACCCGCGACGCGCUCUCCAAGGCCCUGCACUCCCGCGUCUUUGACUUCCUCGUCGAGUCCAUCAAUAAAGCCAUGGUGAAGGACCAUCAGGAGUUAAAUAUAGGUGUGCUGGAUAUUUAUGGAUUUGAAAUUUUCCAGAAAAAUGGCUUUGAACAGUUCUGCAUCAACUUUGUGAACGAAAAACUCCAGCAGAUAUUCAUUGAACUUACACUGAAAGCUGAGCAGGAAGAGUACGUGCAGGAAGGAAUCAAAUGGACUCCCAUCGAAUACUUCAACAACAAGAUAGUGUGUGACCUCAUCGAGAGCAAACUGAAUCCCCCGGGCAUCAUGAGCAUCCUGGACGACGUGUGUGCCACCAUGCACGCGGUGGGCGAGGGCGCGGACCAGACCUUGCUGCAGAAGCUGCGGAUGCAGAUCAACUCCCACGAGCACUUCAACAGCUGGAACCAGGGCUUCAUCAUCCACCACUACGCUGGGAAGGUGUCCUACGACGCCGAGGGCUUCUGUGAGCGCAAUCGGGACGUUCUCUUCACGGACCUGAUCGAGCUGAUGCAGAGCAGCGAGAUACCGUUCAUCCGGGCUUUGUUCCCAGAGAACCUCAACGCUGACAAGAAAGGUCGACCCUCCACGGCAGGGAGCAAAAUCAAGAGACAGGCGAAUGACCUGGUGGGGACCCUGAUGAAGUGCACCCCGCACUACAUCCGCUGCAUCAAGCCCAACGAGACCAAGAAGCCCCGGGACUGGGAGGAGAGCAGAGUGAAGCACCAGGUGGAGUACCUGGGUCUGAAGGAGAACAUCCGUGUACGGCGUGCUGGCUACGCCUACAGGAGGGUCUUCCGGAAGUUUCUUAACAGGUACGCCAUCCUGACGAAGGAGUCGUGGCCGACGUGGCGUGGGGACGAGAAGCAGGGCGUGCUCCACCUGCUGCGCUCGGUCAACAUGGAGCAGGACCAGUACCAGCUGGGCCACAGCAAGCUCUUCAUCAAGGCCCCCGAAUCGCUGUUCCUGCUGGAGGAGACGAGGGAGAGGAAGUUUGACGGCUACGCCCGGGCCAUCCAGAGGGCCUGGAGGAAGUACGUGGCCCGCAAGAAGUACGUCCAGAUGAGGGAGCAAGCCUCCGACCUGCUGGUGAACAGGAAGGAGCGGCGGAAGCACAGCCUGAACAGGAACUUUGUGGGAGACUACCUGGGCAUGGACGACCGGCCCGAGCUCCGCCAGUUCCUGGCCAAGAGGGAGAAGAUCGACUUCGCCGACAAAGUCACCAAAUACGACCGCCGAUUCAAGAGCAUAAAGAGAGACCUGAUCCUGACGCCAAAGUGUGUGUACCUGAUUGGGCGUGAGAAGGUGAAGCAGGGCCCAGAUCGAGGUCAGGUGAUGGAAGUCAUGAAGCGAAGGAUUGAGGUGGAGAAGAUUUUGGCCGUGUCUCUAAGCACCAUGCAGGACGACUUCCUCAUCCUGCACGAGCAGGAGUACGACAGCCUGCUGGAGUGCAUGUUCAAGACCGAGUUCAUUAGCCUGCUCGCCCGCCGCUACGAGGAGAAGACCCAGCGGAAGCUGCCGCUAAAGUUCGGCACGACGCUUGACCUGAAGCUGAAGAAGGAGAGCUGGGGCCCCUGGAGUGCGGGGGGGUCCCGGCAGGUCCAGUUCGUCGCCGGACACGGAGACCAGGCCCUAUUGCGACCCUCAAACAAGGCCCUGCAGGUCAGCAUCGGACCCGGCCUGCCCAAGAACACACGUCCCACUAAAAAGAGUGUGACUCAGGGCCACUCCAGGCAGUCGAGGGGCCGCCAACCCUCACGCACGGCCCCUGGGCCCCCAGGUGCCCACCAGAAUGGUGGGCUUAAAAACAGCACUCACGCAGUCAACCAGAGGAACGCUUCACAGCAGCAGGCCAAUCAGAGGACACAGCCGGCCAAUCAGAGGCCACAGCCAGCCAAUCAGAGGCCACCGCCAGCCAGUGCGACCCGCCCCUUCCUUCCCCCUGCCAACACUGUCAACCAAUCAAAGGACAAGGACAGGAGCAGCAGCAAGACGCAGCAGAACCUGGACUUCCUGAAGGUUCCUGACCGAGGUGCUGCUGGUAAAGAAGCUGGAGCGCCCACAUCAAAUGGAGGAAUAGCUCACAGACCCAGCAGGCCAACCCCAGGAGGGGGCAGGCCCAAACCCCUGCCCAAACCCAAACCCCAGGUGCCCCAGUGCAAGGCCCUGUACGCCUACGAUGCACAGGACACUGACGAGCUCAGCUUCAACGCAGACGACGUCAUCGACAUCGUCAAGGAAGAUGACUCAGGAUGGUGGACUGGGAGACUUCGAGGAAAGCAGGGCCUGUUCCCCAACAACUACGUCAAGAAGAUCUAGACCUGCUGCUGCUCGGCAACCACCUGGAGAAGCGCACGUGUCACAAUGGGGUCUCCUGAGCAGCCAAUUGGUAGGGGGAAUGCGAGGGAGAGCGUUCCUUCAUGACCAAUCAGCACUCAGGUCCAUGGUGACAUUUCCUCCAAAGCCAGAACAACAGGGGGAAUGGCAGGCUUGUUGUGCUUGACCUAAAGGAGACCAGACAUUUCUCCAGGGCUGAUGGCUACACAAUCCCUGUGAGCACUGAACAAAACUAUUUAUUGUAUUUAUAGCUUACUAUUGUUUCCUUUUGUUCUUGUUUUAUUUCUUUUCACAUUACAAAUAUAUUGAAAGCAAGUUAUGUUGUUUGAAGAGAGACUGCCUGCAUGAUAUAUGGAGCAAAGAUUUUGUUUUCACUUUAUAUUCCUCUGUUUUUUGUAAGAUUCUUUUAAGUUGUGAAAGGUAGUUUCAUUUAUAGAGUUGCUGAUUCUCUUGUAUAUUAAGGUUAAACUCUUAGGGUUUUUUUUUUAAAAUUCCAGUCUAGCCUGGCAUUUUCAGUGGGAAUAUUUGCUGCUAAAAUGGAUUUUACCAAUAGUAUUGCCUCUAAAAGUUGGAAAUUCAUUAUCAUCACAAAUAUUCUGUGAAAUAUAUAUAUUUAUUUUAGUCCACCGCAGGACUAUUUUGUAAAUUGAUUAUUUUACUCUGGUAAUAAUUAUUAGGAUAUCAGUUAUAGUUUUAGUACAUUGCGGUUCACAUCUGCACAUAAUUAUUAGAGGCAAAAGUUGACAUUAUUUGAGUUGCUCCACAAACUGAAGAGAACACCAGCAAAGGCAAGCGAGUUUCUGCAAACCAAAAAAAAAAAACACUGCUACUUACAGAAGUGUACUGUUUCUGAUCAGUUUCCAUCAGCAUUCUCUAACCACAUUUUAAGUUAUGGUAUGUGUAAUUUUAGUCUAAUUGAGGAGACUUGAAAUUACUUUCGAAGUUGCUGAGGGUUGUGAGUGUCAGUGGUUCAUAAGCACUUUAUGGCAACAGCCUAAACAGUUGUGGUGACCUGCUCAACCCAGGGCCUGGCUGAAGAACAUCUCUCACCAAGCAUGCUUAUUAAAGCUGGGAGUGUGAGUGAAAAGCAAUACAAAUGUGAUAUUGGCUUUUAAAUCCAAUUUGCUGGGAAUUGGGGACAAGUACAUUUUGCAAAUGACAAAUGAUUUUACAUUGUAUUUUUUUCUGGAGAGAUCCAUUUUAAAAUCCUUUUCUCUUCUAGUGUGUUGCGUUCUGGUUUGUGUUCGGAGUGCUCAGGGAGGGAUGGAAGAUGGUUUAGUGCAAGAGAUUAGUCUGCCCUUCUGACCUAAGCUAUCCUCAACACUUUCCCAAAAUGGCCGACUCGAAUAUCCUAACCUGCAUCAAAGAAGACCAAUGGGCAUAUUCACAUAUCCAAAUAGUUUCUGUGGUGAUUUGAAGAAUUUCUUUUGUUUCUCAUUUCUCCUCUGUGUAGGCCCACAUUUUGAUGUUCUUCUCCCCCACUGAACAGAUUUACAGUGCUAAAUCCCAGGACUGCUUCUUUGUUGGAGGGCAUGUGUUAAUAAUACCUGCAAUAGUGUUGAAAUUCAAGAAGCCAGUGCAACCAAGGCUUCAUCUGGAGACUAUAAAGACGAGCAUUGCUAGACAGCGCAUGUCCCGUUGGUGUGAAUAUCACCAUUGUGCAAUGUGGGAUGUGGCAGAGGGUGUGUAGUCAUGUCAAUCAUUUUUUAAUAAAGCAUGUACUGUUACUUUUUUAA